ACUGCUGUCAAAUCAAACAUGGACGACACCCGCCGGCACUUCCGGCACGGCUUUUCAAAAUAAGCUACGUCUGUUUUUAUAAUGUGUGCGUUGUCCGAUAAAUAAACUUGUUUUAUUAUAAAUCAAUUCAACAAUUUAUUUAGAUAAAUGUUAUUUAAAUUAUAUCUGUUCUAGUCAGUCACAGUCAAAGAAUAAGUAGAUCAUUUAAAUUGUGGCUCCACGUUUAUUUUUUUAUUCGUUGUCAUGUUUUAUUUUGAAGAAUGAAUAGGGCGAUUUCCGGUUGUCUGGGUGAUGUUUUUGUGUGUCUUUACGCAGCUUCCUGUCGUCCAGUUUGGAUCAGAGAGGGAGCGUUUAUUCGUUCGAUUCUUCGCACGGAGACGGAAGAGGCGGGCGGUGUUUUCUGUUUAUGUUUAUGUUUGUGAAUCUUUUACAUGUUUUGCAUGUUUUACAAGUCAUAUUUAUACAUUGAAAGUAUUUAACGUAACUUUUACCUUUAGAUAAUAAAACAUUAUUGGGCUCUAUUUCAUAAAUAUAGGUUUAAUAUUUCCUCUCUAACACUGAUGAGUAAUAACUGACUGUUUAUGCAACAGUGUAAAUAUAAUUGAAUGACCUAAUGUUGUUUAUUAACUUUAUUCAGAUACAAGUUUGACAUUUUGCUGAUUGUGAUAAUGAGGCUUCAUGGCCUGAGUCCAGACUGGAAACAUGAUCUCACUUAAAGUCUGAUCUCAUGGGAAUUUCAGAGGGAAUGGUUUAAACUCUCCCACCUCCUCCUCCUCCACUUCUCUCUCCUCCUCCUCCUCUUGAGUCCAGUCUCAGUCCGUCCACAGCAGAGGAAACACUGGCAUCCACAGCUGCAAACUUUUCCCUCCACUUCUUCUGUGGAUGUGGAUGAAAGUGGGAAUGUUCUCUGGAGGGUAUUUGGGAAUGUCGUCUCCUGCGCAGAGAUCUGGUCUCAGGAUCCAGGAUCAGACUCGGGAUCUGGAGGAGCAGGGAUGUUUUACUGCAGCAGGAAGAUGAUGGGAAUACUGGAGUGAUAUCAGACACUCUCUCUCUCUCUCUCUCUCUCUCUCUCUCUCUCACGCACACACACGCAUACACGCACGCACGCACGCACACGCGCGGGUCCAGGUUCUGGAUCAGAAGGAUCUAAAUGCGGCUGCCCGGAGACUCUGCUGCUCACAGAACCAUGAACAGCAGCAGCGGCUCUGGGAAUUUCCUGCUGGUGCCCAUUCCCGAGUAUCCUCUGCUGGACUGCGUUCCCAACAAGACCGUGAAGAUCGUGGUCCUGGGCGCGAGUAACGUGGGCAAAACCGCUCUGAUCGUCAGGUUCCUGACGAAGAGGUUCAUCGGAGAUUAUGAAGCAAACACUGGAGCGCUCUACUCCAGGAAGGUCACACUGGACGGGGAGGAAGUGUCUCUUCAGAUCCAGGACACUCCCUGUGUCGCUCUGCAGGACGAUGCUGAGGGUUUGUACUGUCAGGAGCAGAUCAACAGGUCCAUUUACUGGGCGGACGGUUACGUGCUGGUUUUCUCCAUCACCGACCACAGCAGCUACAGAACCAUCCAGCCUCUGUACCAGCACGUGAGACGCAUCCACCCGUCAGGAAACAUCCCCGUCAUCCUGGUCGGCAACAAGAGUGACCUGCUCCGCGCUCGGCAGGUGCCCGUGGACGAAGGCGAGGCGCUGGCGGCUUCUCUAGGGGGCGUGUACUUCGAGGCGUCGGCCAGAGAAAACCACGACGGAGUCCACGCCGCGUUUCUUCAUCUGUGUCAGGAGGUGAUCCGAGCGCUGGGAGGCGGGAACGGCGAGAAGAGGCGGGGUGGCCUCCACCUGGCCCGGCCCAAGUCUCCCAACAUGCAGGAGCUGAAGAGGAGGUUCCGGCAGGUUCUGUCAUCCAAGGUCAAGUCUGCCACCGCCCUCUGAUCGCGGGGGGGGCGGAGCCACAGACACGACACAGGAAGAAAAACGACAAAGAGCCAUAAAAAGGCAGCUGGACGUUUGUCUCUGUCCGAGACGUAAAGCUGCGAACUUUACGACUCCAAACAAACUCAGUUAUUUUUGACUUUUUCACAGAAUUUUUUACUGAGAAUUUUUUUUUAUAUAA